CUGGCCAUCGUCGGCAAGGAUGACGUCAUCGAGUACACCCUGGCCGCCCUGUUCAGCGGUGGCCACAUCCUGAUCGAGGACGUGCCCGGCAUCGGCAAGACCACCCUGGCCCGUUCCCUGGCCUACUCCCUGGACUGCGAGUUCCGUCGCAUCCAGUUCACCCCGGACCUGAUGCCCUCCGACAUCACCGGCAUCCAUUACUACAACCAGCACAACGGCGAGUUCGAGUUCCGGCCCGGCCCGGUGAUUUCGCAGGUGGUGUUGGCCGACGAGAUCAACCGCGCCACUCCCCGGACCCAGUCCGCGCUCCUGGAAGCCAUGGCCGAGCGUCAGGUCACGGUCGAUCAGGACACCGUGCUGCUGCCCGCGCCUUUCAUCGUCCUUGCCACCCAGAACCCGAUCGAGCUCGAGGGCACCUUCCCCUUGCCUGAGGCCCAGAUCGACCGCUUCCUCCUCCGCCUGCGCUUGGGCUACCCCUCCGAGGGCGACGAAAACGCCAUGCUCGAGCGCUUUGAAGAUGCCGACCCGCUGACCUCCCUCCAGCCCGCGGCCACCGCCGACGAUGUUGUCCGCAUCCAGGGCCUGGUCCGCCAGGUCUACAUCGACCCCGUGCUCCGAAACUACCUUGUCCAGGUGAUCCGCGCCACCCGUGAGCACCCCGACGUUGAGCUCGGCGCCAGCCCCCGCGCGACUCUCGGCCUCUACCGUUGCGCCCAGGCCCUCGCCGGCAUCCGCGGCCAGCAGUAUGUCACCCCGGACGACAUCAAGACCCUGGCCACGCCCGCUCUGGCCCACCGCGUCAUCCUCAAGAGCAUGGCCCGUCUCCGCGAGCGCAGCCAGGAAUCCGUCGUCAACGAAGUCCUCGAAGCCCAGUCCGUCCCCAUCUAG